UUUCCAUUGGUUUCAGCUGAAUCUUAAACAACAGUUGGCCUAUUUCAAGAACGUGGCAAAUUUAAUGUCACAGAAAGUAGGUGCUAAAGAAGCCACAAAGAUUUUAACUAGUUCUGUGUACUUAUUCAGCUUCGGAGGCAACGAUUACUUUCGGUAUGAGUCCAGCUACCCUAAUGCCACUCAAUCUCAAAGAGUAGCAUACGUGCGCAAGGUGGUAGCCAAUUUAACAAAUGGCUUCAAGGUAACAAUUUCUAUUCUCGAUAUCAUCUGUAAAACUUUAGGUAUGACUUGCGUCGUAAUACAUCGCGAUUUAGUUCUAUUCCGACGAGUUCUUUGCGCCGGGGAAGGCUGUAUUUCCCACAGUAUAUUUAAUUAAUGUUGUAGUGAAACUUGUUGUAUUGAUUUGCAGGAAAUAUAUAAUAUGGGAGGAAGGAAAUUUGCGAUCCAGAAUGUUGGACCGUUAGGUUGCUUGCCCGUUAUAAAAGCAGUGCACCCCAGUACAAAUGGCUCUUGUGUUACCAAUUUCUUAAAGGAUGCAAAUCUACACAACAAAGCUCUAUCUAAUCAGCUUAGCAAGAUGGCCAAAGAAUUAUCCGGGUUCAAAUAUUCGAACAUGGACUACUUCUAUAACCUCCUUUACCGAAUUAAUAACCCUACAAAAUAUGGGUUCAAGGAAGGGAAAAUUGCAUGUUGUGGCAGUGGACUAUAUAAUGGACUGAAUUGUGGCGUAGGUUCAUACAAGUUAUGCAGUAAUCCAAGUGACUAUCUGUUCUUUGAUGGCGGCCAUACAUCUCAGAAGGCAAAUCUCCAGAUUGCAGAGCUAAUAUGGAGUGGAGUACCAAAUGUUACUGGACCUUAUAAUGUGAAGCAACUAUUUGAGCUUCCUUGAUUAGAUUAUUUAGUGAAUUUACUUUCUUUUAAAUAAUGUACUCCUUGGAGCUAUUGAUGAUGUAGACUUAUAAAAAUUAAUAUAUAAAAUCAACGUAC